GAUACCCCUACCAACCCACCCACCCGUAUUGGAGAGAGAAAUAAGAAGAAGACUUUAUCGAGUGUUGGGUUUCAAAGAAGGAGACAUACCCAAUUUCAUUCCAACAAAUCUAUUCUUUGCUCCUUCUCGCAUUAUCAGAUCCCAAAGUAGUUGAGGAGGUGAAGCAAGCCUGCAAAGUAUGUCAAAUUUAACUGUUAAUUGCCCUUCAUGGUGGAAUUCACAUGAAAGUCAAUAUUACACUUCCUCUACCAAUCACGUAAAUUUUGAAGUGGGAUCCUUAAUCCCAAACUAUCACGGGGAUGUCAAUGAAGACAAGUAUUUUGGAUUUCAACAAUCCAACAAAUUCCCAACUCAACCAUCUGCUUCUAAGGGCAUAAGAUGGAAGGGGAUGACUUCUGGAGUAAGAACCAAUUCACUAGAAUCAGAUGUAUGUUAUGGAAAGAACAAUGAGGAUCUAGUAUUUAACUUCAUGAAUCAUCCUGAUUUCGUUACUAAUCCUACGAAAGUUGAUUUUGUCCAUUCCAUGGGUUGUAUACCAUAUAAUCAUAUCCCUGAUCCAUGUUUCAAUGCGUUAUACACUCCUUAUGGACAACCACAAUCCAUUCAAUCAGAUGUUAUGGGAAUAACAACAGCAGAACGUGUACCUUUGCCUUCUUCUCUUGUUGAUGAAUUUGGUCCGGUUUAUGUGAAUGCAAAGCAAUACCAUGGAAUUAUCAGGAGGAGGAAGAUACGAUCAAAGCUGGAGUCUGAAAACAAACUUGUUAAAUCUCGGAAGCGGUAUCUACAUGAAUCGCGACAUCUUCAUGCUCUUAAUAGGGCUAGGGGAUCCGGUGGGAGGUUUCUUAGCACUAAAAAAGGUAGAGAAACUAAGUCGAAAAUGAUCACGAAUUUUAGUGGUAUGGUUGCAAAUGAGGAAUCAAUACAGUUUCAUCAUCCAUCAAAUCUCAGUGACAUGAUGAUGACAAAUACAGACGGCGGAGGAGAUGUUAUGAUGAUUUGUCCACUGACUGGUCAAAGGUUUUCGGGUCUUCCUCCUACCGGAAUGAUGGGAAAAGGAGCACAUAACUGCGCUCCAAUUGUCCGGUAAGAAAUGGAAACUACCCUCACUACCUUCACUAGCUAGGCAAAUCAUCCUUGGCUUCGAAGUCUGUCUUUCUAUAGCCAUGUCAUGUAAUGAUUCAAAAGGAUGAUUGUAGUUUGGGAUUUGUAGUUGGUAGGAUUUACGAGGACCAAGUUUUAUGCUUUCAACUUUCCAAGAUUUAACUUUAUGUUUAUGGCAUUGCAUCUUCUUAUAUGAGAAGAAAACAAUUUGUUUGAAUUCAUUUUGACUUUCUAUGUUUUCUAUC